AUGGUCAACUACAGUAAGCGCUGGUCAGCAGCCACUCACCGAGCAAUCAAUAUGGCGGAUCCGAGUGGUCAUGUGCCAAAUAACGAGUUCAGAGAACGUUUGGUGGAAAAAGUUCAAUUAAAUGUAACGGAAACAGGAAAACUGGCUCAACAACUAUUAAAGAGUUCACGAUCGCACGAGGUAAACUGUACCACUGAGAUUUGGUUCUAGGGUUUUACUGUAGUGAUUUUCUUCCUGUAUCUACGGUUUUGAGGGGAUAUAUUCUAGACCCAAAGAUAGCCGAGUUAUUUUGGCAACAAUUACAAAAUGAUGCUUCAUUUGGAAAAAUGGCUCUGCACAAAGCCUACUUUUAAUACUUUUCAAAAUGUUAAAAAAAAUUAAAAAAUACUUAUUUCCAGACGCCCAUCUUCACCUCCUGUCUUAAAAAAAGAGUGAAAAUAUUUGACGAAAGACAGCUUUUUCCUAAAAUAUUAAUCAUCGAGAGAGAUUUUUUUAAAUCUUUUUACGAGCGUCAGCUAAAGAAAAAAUGGUAAAGUUUCUGCACAGCCCCAUACCAUUGUAAAACAAAUCUGUUUUCCCAAUGGAAAUGUAUUGUUUUUGUCAUUGUUUUCUCUGUUCAAGCACUGAAUGCAUAAUGUAGGAUGGGCUGUGCGGAAAUUUUACCCUACAGAGACUCUGUGGUGAACAACGCUCAUUACGAAGUUCAUAUUUAAGCUCAAAACUUGCCAUCUUUCCUCAUAUAUAUUAAUCAUCCUUUAAAGCAUGUAGAUCUUCUUUUUACGUACUUAUGAAAAUGAUGCUAUUCUGUAAACAAUAUACCUGUGGAGCUCUGUGCCACACUUAGCUAAUUUAAAUUCAUUGCCUAUAUAUUUGUAGAUCCUGUCACAGACUACUAAACAAUUUGUAAAUCAAGAGGGUGCUAUUGCAAAUUCCCAGGAGGUGAGCAAUAAAAAAGGGCAACAUGAGUACAAUAACUGUUUAACUGUGCAUUACUGAAUAUAAUCUGUGAGAUCCUGCUCUGGAGUUCACCAGUAAACCAGCUCACUGGCUUCAUCUCAGGUUUAAGGACCUGCAAAGUGUUUUUCUUUGUUCUGGGGCAAUCAAUUUCAUAAGUUCCAUUGUUUUGAUUUCUUUGUUUUCUUUGUUCUCUUUGUUCUCUGUCGAACCUUAAGGAUGGGUGGCUUUCUUGUUUGAAGACUCUGCGACAGUAAAUGUCUGAAAAAGUUGUUUACAUUUUGCAGACAGACUGAAUAUAUGGUGAUUUAGCUCCUUUUAAACUUGGUUUGUAAGGUUCAAUUUUGUUAAGCACUGUACAAAAGGUCAUGAUGGUUGAUGAUGGUUUCAACUAUCACGUACACCUGAACACAAACUAUUAUGCACUAUCAUCAACUGUCAUCGACUGCAUCAUGUAGUUUGGACAUUAUUAAAUUCAACAUGAUAGUUGAUGAUAGGUUUUGCUAUUUGGAAGGGCAGAUGAUUGUGAAUGAUUGUUAUUUGGUUAGGAGUUCUGCUGAAAAUGGGUUCAGACUGAAAUGGCAAAUGAGAAAUUGACUAAAACAGCUGUCAAAAUUUUUCAGAAUGUCUUGUAGUUCAUUCUUGUCAUUCUCUGGUAGGCUUUAGUAUCUUCAAAUUUGCAACUCCUUAUCUAAAUUUCAAAUGUCACCGAAAUUAUUGACCUCAGCAUGCGUCAUAAUUGUUUACAAUUACACAUCUUAUUGCAUGAUUUUGUGGACUUGUUGGUAAAAGUAAACUGUUAAGUGUAUAAGUAAUACAAUGAAGUGUCAUUUUCAUUUGCUGCUUCUCUUUUCAUAGCUCUUAAAACAAUCUGGAAGAAUCAUAGCAGACAUGGAAUCACAGUAUGUUGUACAUUGCAUCUCUGAAAUUACUGUAGUCACAAUGCUGAAAAUCUGAUCCUCAUUAUUCUAAAAAGUAUCUUAGAACAGCUUUAAAUGUAUGUGCACAUGAACAUAGAUUGUAUAGUGAACUCUGCUAUUAAGACAUGGACAUUUUGACUUGAUUUAAAAUUCUGCGCAGAAUGCUGAUUGCAUACACAGGGUGGUAGAUUACUUUCCCUGCACCAACAGUUUGUGCAGAUAACAUGCAGGUCCUAACAAAUUAAAUUGUUGUAAAUGUGAUAAGGAGUCUGUGAUCUAACUGACUGUACCAUGGGUGUCUUUUUUUUUCUCAAAGGUUUGCUGACAUUCAGCACAGGUGAGGCAGACCAAGUAAAGCUCAUUUUCUUCUUAAAACACAAAUUUUAUAAUUGAUACUAGUAUAUACUACAUAGAUGAAUAGUGCGAGGAGACAUUGCUGGUGGCUUUUUUUAAUGUGUUGAAUGUUUCAAAAGUUUUCCUUAAUCCAGGAUUUUGUUUAUUGUAGCUAAUGAACAUCAUUCUAUCAACCCUGUCACACCCAGGAGUUAUUAGCAUCAAAUGUCUCCUAACAAUGUUAAUAUCAUUUACAGAUAAUUUCUCCUUACGGUAUCACCCUCAAAUUACACUUUAAGGUCAUGAGAAUAAAGGAAAUGAUUGCCAACUAAAGAUGCUCUUGAUUCUUAAACGAAUAAUUCUCCUCGUCAGCACCUUACCAAGCAUAUAAAGAACAGGAUGGAGAAUAUGCAUUCUGAUGCUAGCUUAUAAAGGGUUAGUAGUCACUCUAAAAUUCUGUUUUUGUUACAGGAUACAGACAGUGAACAACAUUAAUGAACACUUGGAACCAAUAUGGAGGUAA